CUAAGUUGUACAUUGGGCGCCUAAACAAUUUUUUGUCUCCCGAUCGUCUGGAACGUGCUACAUUGUGGAUGAGCACCCAGCCAUGGCAAGUGAGCCGGCCGAACAACCCGUUCUGAAACGAAAGCGAAUUACCGUCGCCUGCAACAGCUGCCGCGCGAAGAAGUCCAAGUGCGAUGGCAAGCGACCAAUAUGUGGGCGUUGUGCCGGGUACGACUAUACAUGUUCCUGGGGCAAUGAGGCACUGCAUGGCAACAACUACAGCCAUACAACUUCGCGUGCGGCCUCAAACCCGGAAGAGAUUACCAGCCCCCCAGAGGAGGUCUUCCGAAGGUAUCACCAGGCAGUGCACGCCCUGACGCCGCAGCUGUCUCCUGGCGCACAGGCCGAGGUCAACAAGAGUCUCGCGUGCAUCCAGGCGCACCUUUGUCCCCGUGCUUCGUCGGAUACGACGACCGCAAGCUCGCAGAAGAGCACGUCCGGCAGCUCCGUUGUGAUCCCGUGCUUCCAGGACCCGAGAUACGUCGGCGAAGUCAGCGACAUCCACUUCUUUAACCUGGUCAAGCAGUCAUCAGCUGCUGCUUCUGGCGAAGGAGGUCCCGGGCAGGGAACCCACGGCGACGAGGUCGAUAACUAUGAUGCCGAGGCCCUCACCACGGCUCGGUCUUUUCAGAAUCCACUGUCUGAUUUGCCCAGCAGAACACAAGUCGACACGUACUUGACUAUUUACUUUUCGACUGUCCACGAGGCCUACCCUUUCGUUGACAAGAGAUCCUUCAAGGCAAGACUGGAUUCUCUGCAGGCCGAUGGGUCCACCGCCGAACUGACCCAUUCCUGGCUCUCUCUGCUGUAUGCACUGCUCGCCGUCGGAGCCUAUUACGACUCAUUCCGUCCCGAAGGCCGGAGUGCCGCGUCUCUCCACCAGAAACUCUUCAACUGCUCUCUCGUGCUGUCCCACUACGGUACGCUGGAGAGGUCUCUGACCCAGGUCUCUGCAUUGUUGGCCCAGUGUUUCUACCUGCUGAUCACGUCCGAGAUCGAGAGGUGCUGGGUCUCCCUCGGCCUCGCUGUGCGCCUAGGACAGAGUAUCGGCCUGCACGUAAGCAUCGAGGAGCAUGGAUCGACAACACCAGCAACAACAACAACACCGAGAGGGGAGGGUUCGACAGCAGCAGCAGGCUUGGUGCUAGAACAGCCCGAGGUCCGAAAUAAAGUGUGGUACUCACUAUACGUGCUCGAUCGCCUGACGGCACUGCAGCUGGGCCGACCACCAGCCAUUGCCGACGACGACUGCCACGUCCCUUUACCUCGGCGGGCAGACGACAGUCUGGACCUGGAUGUCCACUCACAUGCAUCUCAUGGAGAAGGCGCCUUCUCCUCCUCCCUCUCCUCCUACUCCUCGCCGGAUGGCAGCACCACGCAUUCUCAUCCAAGCGCUGGUGAGUACUUUGUUCGCAUCAUCGAGUUCUCUUCCAUCAUCGGGCGUGUGCUUCGUGAAUGUUAUCAGCCUCGGCGCACCAUCGCAGCCAGACUGCAAAAUACUAAAUAUUGUGAUGAGCUUCUUCUGGCCUGGAAGCAAAAGCUGCCUCGAUUCCUGCGUUUCGAUCUUGGGCAUGCGUUUGAAAAGUCUGUCACUCUCAAGCGACAGAGAAACAUGCUGGCCAUCAAGUUCCACCAUCUGCGCACACUCAUCUACCGACCUUAUCUCUAUUACACCUGCAUCGACGGAGGCACCUCCCUCCCGCCUGAUCAGAGCAGCCGAAGCAGGGAGUACGGCCGAAUUUGCGCCUCCGAGGCCCAAUCCAUCGCCCGCCUCAUGCACAACGUCACCGACACGGUGGACAUAGUCAUGAACUACCCCUGGUGGCAGAUGGUCUCUUGUCUCGUCUGCGCAGGCUCCGUCAUGGUCAUGGCGGGCGCCUUCAUGAGGCGAGAUGUCGUCAGCAGCGGCGGCGAGGCCACCGCCAGCAUCUCCAACCUGGAGGAGGACGUCGAGACCUGCAUGCACGUCCUCAAGGCGCUGAGCGAUAAUUCGAGAGGCUCCAAGCUCGCCUGGAACAUGAUGAAGGACAUCCGGGCCAGGGGGGAUGCUGCCAUGUGGCCCAUGAUCCAGCCGGAUGCCUUGAACUGGCCCGACUCGUUCUUGAAUAUUCUCCAAGGAUCGCAUGCAUCUAUCUAUUGAUUGAGCAACCCUAAAGGGAUGCUCAGAGUUCCGCGCAGUGACUUGAAUGGCAAGCGUUCAGCGCUUCAUUGCUCCAGAUGUACUACAUUGAGGGUCAGCAGGAAGCGCGGUUUUUGGCAAUGAGCUCAGUUCGAUAUCGCAUGGUUGGACCCAGACGCUAGUAUUCUUUAAAGUUUGUGUGGGCGCGAAGCACAUUCUGAUAUCAGACCUUGGUCACGUCAGUCAACUGCCGCAAGCACCUUGACAUCUGUCCUGUCCUCGGGACUGCCCUGCGGCGUCUUAAUUAAAAUCAUAUUGGGCCGUC